GACGAUGAAUUGGUGCUGACUAGUUAUGUGCUGGAGCUGAUUUGGAGCAUUUCUUAAAAAUCAAGAACGAUGAUUCUUGAUUAAGUCAAUUAUGGAACUAAGGGCAUUUCUUAAAUAUGAAAAGUUGCUUGAAAGACCAGAACAGAAUGUACAUAAAAAAGACAGUUAUUAUAUGGAUAAGAAAGCAUCUGGCAAGGAAAUCUCUGAGGAAGUGACUCGGGAGUCACUAAUCGCCAUAUCAUACUCUGAACCAGAGAAGGAUCUUUCUAUUGAAUCUGAACCUGAAAACUCCAACUGUGAGAAUGUAGUGAAAUCUGUUAAUGACGACGAAGAUAAUAAAUAUAGAUCAGAGUUGAUCUCCAUAUCCUAUGAAGAGAGUCACCAGACACUGAAGUUGAACUAGUUUCACCUGGAGAAUUCAAGGGCUAAAUAAAAACAGCUGGUUUUAUAGGCCAGCUCCAUGUUAAAAACUCUUCUUUUGCUACAUGUUAUUUACUCAUAAAGGACUGGACAUUGCUUAAAACUUGUAGUGUUUCAUGUAUUAUACAUUUGAAGUCUGUUGUUGUA